AUGGCAAAGAUCUCCUUAUUGCUUUUCGUCGUUGCCCUUUUCGCUUCUCUCCACGCUUAUGAAGCUCACCGCAUGGGCAAAUUCAAUGAAGGACUUGAAAAAGACUUGCACAAAGCCGAGGCCAUGAUCGAGGAAGACUUGAAGGCCAAGAAAUCGAGCAUUCAGGGUUUAAAAUCUGAGGUGAAAACGUUGAGCAAAUCUGAACAGACUCUGAAACAACUUGGAAAUGAUUACAAAAAGGAUACGGAUGAAGCGCCUUACGGAAAGAAACUCAAAAGAUUCAGCAGGAUAGUAAAAAUCAAGGAUGCACCUGCCAAAAAAAAGAAAGCUGCAUCCGUAAUCCAAAAGAUCUUGAAGGAUUUUGGGCUAAACGGAGGGAAGGAAUGA